GCGCAUGCGCAGUUGGGAGGAGGACCCUGGUUAAGUGGCGGUGCGGGAAGAGUUGGGUGCCGGUGUACUCGUGUUGGCCCUCAGAAUCCCCGCGUUUCUCAUACUGCCUUCUCCAGCUGUCAUCAUGUUCCUCACCCGGUCCGAGUACGACAGGGGUGUGAAUACUUUUUCUCCUGAAGGAAGAUUAUUUCAAGUGGAAUAUGCCAUUGAGGCUAUCAAGCUUGGUUCAACAGCCAUUGGGAUACAGACAUCAGAGGGUGUGUGCCUAGCUGUGGAGAAGAGAAUUACCUCUCCACUCAUGGAGCCCAGCAGCAUUGAGAAAAUUGUGGAGAUUGAUGCUCACAUAGGUUGUGCCAUGAGUGGGCUAAUUGCUGAUGCUAAGACUUUAAUUGAUAAAGCCAGAGUGGAGACACAGAACCAUUGGUUCACCUACAAUGAGACAAUGACAGUGGAGAGUGUGACCCAGGCUGUGUCCAAUCUGGCUCUGCAAUUUGGAGAAGAAGAUGCAGAUCCAGGAGCCAUGUCUCGUCCCUUUGGAGUAGCACUGCUAUUUGGAGGAGUUGAUGAGAAAGGACCCCAAUUGUUUCACAUGGAUCCAUCUGGGACCUUUGUACAAUGUGAUGCUCGAGCAAUUGGCUCUGCUUCAGAAGGUGCCCAGAGCUCAUUGCAAGAAGUUUACCACAAGUCUAUGACACUGAAAGAAGCCAUCAAGUCUUCACUCAUUAUCCUCAAACAAGUAAUGGAGGAGAAGCUGAAUGCAACUAACAUAGAGCUAGCCACAGUGCAGCCUGGCCAGAAUUUCCACAUGUUCACAAAAGAAGAACUUGAAGAAGUUAUCAAGGACAUUUAAGGAAACAUGGGUCCUCAAAACUUCUCUGGGACAUUUUAAAUGGCCCUUAACUUUUAUUUCCAAAUGUUAUCCCGUGGGAAAUCUCCAGUGUUUGUGCUUUUUUUUUUUUUUAUGAUGUCUGUACAUAACAGCAGUUCUGAAAUAAAAAAAUUAAAAAUAAAAA